AUGGACGGUGUACACGAGGCAGGCACGUCGACUGCACCACUUCUACCUCAGUUGUCUUUGUCGCAUCCUGAGGCUGAACUGGCAGGAUCGAAUCCCGACGCAGAAGUACUGGAACGAACGGGAAUGCUCAGCAUCUACGCCAUGCUGAGACAAAUGCAGCUGCGCUGGAGCGGCGACCUGGUGCGCAUGGACGACGAGCGACUACCCAAACGACUCUUCUACGGAGACGUCGCGACGGGUUCUCGUCGUCACGGAGGCCAAAUUCGCCGCUACAAGGAUACCCUGAAGUCCUCCCUGAAGCACCUGCAAAUCAACCCGACCAACUGGGAAGAGCUCGCUCGCGAUCGCCCGACAUGGAGGAGAACAGUGAAGACGGGUUCUGCUAUCCACGAAGCCAACCGAAUCGCCGACGCCAAAGUGAAACGUUAAGCCCGCAAAUCACCAUCUCGCCCAGUACGUAACGCUGCUGCACAACCGCUCCCUACGUGUCCUCGAUGUCAACGGACAUUCCGGGCACGAAUCGGACUUGUUGGACAUCUUCGGAUCAACUGCACCUCUCGAACUGCUCCAGCCAUCGUCCCCCCGCCCGCCUCUUCCUCGUCCUCUCUGCCGCCAACUAACUCUGACUCUCCUUCUGCACCACCACUUCCAUCCCCCUCCUUCUCCUCCACUGCCCCAGCGGCGGCCGUUCAGACUGCCGUCUCACACAUAACCAACCCCGACACAAUAACCGCCACCACCCCCACCUCUCCCGAUUCCAGUGAUGAGGAUCAGGACUACACCUGCACUCACUGCAAUCGCACCUUCACUUCACGCAUCGGCCUGGUCGGCCACUUGCGAAUCCAUCGCACAGAGACCGGCGAACCAGUGCCUGAAGCACCAACCUACACCCACCGCACUCGCCUCCACUGCCCACACUGCACUCGCACCUUCACGCAUCGCAUGGGUCUAUUCGGCCACAGCUGA